AUGUCGACGUCAAAUGGCUUCGCGCCAGUCGACGCCGUCAAACUUGCAAGCAACAAUGACGGCAAAAGGGUUGCUUACUUCUACGACUCUGAUGUCGGCAACUUCGCAUAUGUUAGUGGUCAUCCAAUGAAGCCUCACAGAAUACGACUGGCUCAUUCGCUGGUCAUGAACUAUGGCCUCUACAAGAAAAUGGAGAUCUACCGUGCGAAGCCAGCAUCGAAGUAUGAGAUGACUCAGUUUCACACCGACGAGUACAUUGACUUCCUCGCCAAAGUGACACCAGACAACAUGGAGUCCUAUCAGAAGGAACAGCAAAAGUACAAUGUCGGCGACGAUUGUCCUGUCUUUGAUGGCUUGUUCGACUUCUGUGGCAUCAGUGCUGGAGGAUCGAUGGAAGGUGCGGCACGGCUGAAUCGGAAGAAAGCUGACAUCGCCAUCAACUGGGCAGGUGGCCUCCACCACGCCAAGAAAUCUGAAGCUUCUGGGUUCUGCUAUGUCAACGACAUCGUCCUUGGCAUUAUUGAACUUCUUCGCUUCCACAAGAGGGUUCUCUACAUCGAUAUUGAUGUUCAUCACGGUGACGGUGUCGAAGAGGCAUUCUACACCACCGACAGAGUGAUGACUGUUUCAUUCCACAAGUACGGCGAGUACUUCCCAGGCACUGGCGAACUCCGCGACAUCGGUGUUGGCUCUGGCAAAUACUAUUCAGUCAACUUCCCACUGCGCGAUGGCAUCGACGACUCAUCCUACAAAGGCAUUUUCGAACCUGUCAUCAAAGCCACCAUGGACUUCUACCAGCCAUCCGCCGUCGUCCUACAAUGUGGCGGUGACAGUCUGUCAGGCGACCGUCUGGGCUGCUUCAAUCUCAGCAUGAAAGGCCAUGCCAACUGCGUCAACUAUGUCAAAUCAUUCAACCUCCCCACACUCAUCCUUGGUGGCGGUGGCUACACCAUGCGGAACGUCUCACGCACCUGGGCUUACGAAACUGGUUGCCUUGUUGGUCAGAACAUGCAGGCUAACCUCCCAUACAAUGACUACUACGAAUACUACGCGCCCGACUACGAGCUCGAUGUUCGCCCCUCUAACAUGGACAAUGCGAACUCGCGCGAGUACCUGGAAAAGAUUCUAUCGCAAGUCCUCGAAAACAUGAGGCGCACCAUGAACGCCCCUUCAGUACAAAUGACCGACAUCCCACGCGAGUCGCUCGGCAUUAACGACGACGAAGACGCCGCACUAGAUGAUCUAGACGAGGAUAUGAACGCCGACAAGCGAAUCUCAGACCGACAGCGAGACGCUCACGUCGACAAAGAAGGCGAGCUUUACGACUCCGAAGACGAGAUCAUGGCCGACGGCACUAACGGCCGUUCACCUCCAGGCAGAGACAUGGAACGGGCCCGCUUAAACUAUCGCGACAUAAGAGACCCGGAAAAUGGCAAUGGCGGCGAUUCAGGUGUCGAUACAGGAGGCAGCCAGCCAGACACAGAUGUCAGCAUGGCAGACGACGUCGCUGCUGAAGCCGCUGAUAUCCUUUCGCCUGGUCUACCGGCAGCCGCUCCAGCCGAAGGUGAGACGGAAGCCGCUGCGGCGGAGGUGAAGCAGGAGGCCGACACGGUGGCAGACGAAGGCCUGCUGGAGAAGGAGGUUGCCAACGCGCAGGGCGAAGCUGCUGCAGCUGCUGCGGAGUUGACGGAAGAGGCAGAAGCUAAGCUACCAGACUAG